CCAUAUUCCACCAUGAGAUAAUCACUUGUUCACUCAACCAAGUUCUUUGUUUUCCAGUAUAUCGAUCUCUAACCAUUUCAAGCUUUCAUUGAACUUUGUAUCCUACAAAGUUUCAACUUAAUUGGGUGUUUUUUUUCCUUCUUUGAAGAGACUAAUAUUUCUGAUCACUAUCAUUCAUCACCAUGGCACCCCAUGGAGAGGCCAUUGUUAGGUCAUCCUACACUAGGACUAACAAUUUCACCAAGCCACCAAGGCUAUCCAACGACAGCCUCCACCGGACAGUGUCCGACAUCUCAUUUGAACUGAGCAAAGAGGCCGCCAUGGACAUAAAUCUGCCACCGAUAUCCGAGGUUGAAGAUGCUAAGUGUGAGUGUUGUGGCAUGAGUGAAGAAUGCACACCGGAAUACAUAGAUCGUGUUCGUGACAAGUUCUUGGGGAAGUGGAUAUGUGGGCUGUGUGCUGAAGCAGUGAAGGAAGAAAUGGAGAAGAAUGGAGGGAAAACUAGAGAAGAAGCUUUGAGUGCUCAUAUGAGUGCAUGUGUUAGGUUUAAUAAGUUUGGUAGGGCUUUUCCAGUACUCUCCCAAGCUGAAGCAAUGAGAGAGAUGCUAAAGAAGAGCACAAGGUUGGAAGGAAGAGGAUUUAGGGCCAAAUCCAUCAGUCCUAGGGACAAAGGUGGCCAAAAGAAAGGUGGUAUUGCAAGGAGCUCAAGCUGCAUUCCAGCCAUUACUAGGGAGAUGAAUAACCUCAAAAUAUCCAAUUGACUCUCUCUCUCUCCCUCUCUCUCUCUCUCUCUCUCUAUAUAUAUAUAUAUAUAUAUGGACCAAAGUUUUCAUUUAUAUAUCUAUUUCUUCCCUUCACUUUUAGAUGGCUUGAAUAGUUUUAUUCUGGAAUUUUUUCAAAGCCCCUUAUGACCUCUAAUCUUCAGAAUAACCUUUACUUCUCUUCAGGGCUUUUGGGUUGGUAUCCAAACUUUACCACGUCUAGUUAGUUUCUCUCUAGGUUUUUAUCCUCCCCUUGGUUCAUCAAGGACACAACUUUUUCCAAUAGUCACCCAAGAAAUUAGGGUUUUUUUUGGUUGGUCCUACUCUCUUGCCUCUUUUUCCCCACUUGGGGUUAGCCGGUUUUAAAAUUUCCAUUCACUCUCUUAGGUUCAUUGGGAUUGUCAAGCACCAAAUCGGGACCUUGAAUUUAGAAUUAAUUAUAGAAAAAUUAAUUCAAAGUUAAACUAAAUUUUCUUCAAUUCCAAAUUCAACUCACCAAUUCAAUACUCCCAAAGAUAGCAUCAAUGUUUUUCUAAUUUACCAUGUAACUCUCUUCUUCUUUUUUUAAGGUGUGGUUAAUGUUUACCUAUUUCAGUCUUCUUGAUUACCCACUAGUAUCUUCUAUGUUCAUGUAUAUUUUAAAGCGUGUCGCUCUUUGCAUGUAUAAAUAUUAAAGCUUUUAUUUGUAAUCGUUAUGAAGCCCUCACAAUCUCCCUAACAGAAGGUUUUCAGUCAUGUUUUGGCAUUUUGAAGUGUUCUAAUAAUUAAUACAUAUGUAACUAGUCAUGAGAGAAUUGAUUAAUGAAUGUGUUUUUGUUGAUUUAUGUAA